GACGGCCCGCCGCAACCUUUCUCAAUCUUUGCCCAACGUCGGAAAAAAGCAGAGUUGAAGGAUUCGUCCAAAAUGGCUGCUGCGAUCAAAGCCCUCAAUGCGAAGAUUCGCUCAAACAAGUAUACUGACUACUUUUGCUCGACCCAUUUCUGGGGCCCAGCGAGUAACUUUGGUAUCCCGAUUGCGGCUAUUGCGGACAUGAGCAAAGACCCUGAGAUUAUCUCGGGCCGUAUGACAGGCGCCCUAACCCUCUAUUCUGCAACAUUCAUGCGAUACGCCAUGGCCGUCACACCGGCAAACUACCUGCUGUUUGGGUGCCACGCCAUCAACUUCUCCUCGCAACUCGUACAAGGGUACCGGUACCUCAACUAUUGGAAUUUCGGUGGCAGAGAAGCAUCGCUUGCGGGUAAGGCAGACAUGGCCAAACAGGAGGCUUUGGGCGCGGCGGACAAGGCGGGCCAGAAGUUGGAACAGGUGGCGGAUAAGGUCAAGGGUGUGAUCCCAAAGUAAAGUUGUGGGGUGUGUGGCCAGGACAAGGGUGUAUGAGGGUUUAGGAGUGUAUGUUCUUCUGUGACAUACCCACCUGAUUACAAUCUUCAAACUCUCGAAUAUGAACAUUAUAGUCUAGUCAACUUGAUCUGAGUGUGAAUUUGCCAAACAUGAAUGCAAACAUCAAUAAAAAAA